CCAUCCCAUCCCAUCCCAUCCCAUCCCAUCCCCAAGUGACCCCCCAAUCACGGCUGAUUCAAGCCUGCUGAGCGCGCUGGCACGAAUCUUUGCCCUGGAUUGAAGCCACGAAGCCAACACACGCUCUGCUCGCCGCUCAUUCACACUCGCACCACGCGCACCACGCGCUCCUUCGCCUCCCCUCUUGACUCAGCCUUGCUUCAGUCUCUCGUUCGCGCUCGGGUGUUGCUUUUGCGCAGAGUCCGCGCAAAAUUCUUGCCCGCCCGCGCCCAAGCCCUUUGUUCUUCUAAUACUUCGCCGUCCCAUCAUGAUAGAGUCAUAGCAGACGCGACUCUAUUCUAGUCAAUCAGAAAAGAUGGCAAAGCCGUUGCCAACCCACGCAGAUCUGAUCGACUACAAUCAAGCCGUUGCGGGACAUGACGGGACUCUCUCAGAUGUCGACGGCGAACUGUUCAUCAAGCCUUGUACACCGGCUGAAAUCGCAUUCUACGACUCCUCGGUGGCUGACCAUCCUGACUUCGCCGACUUUAUGCCAACUUAUAUGGGCACCUUGACCCUCGACCACCACCCAAAUGGCACAACGAUAGAGGAAGCUGGCGCAGUUUUGCUUGCCAAACAUGCCCCCGUAGUCGAACACUACGAACAUCACAAUGGGACAACCGUACAGGCCUCUGGGCUAGCUGUCUUCGAAAGGAACGAGGAAGCGCUGGACAAGGCAGAGGCAGUGAUGAUAGCCAAGCACUCGAUUCCCGAGGUUGUAGUUCCGGUCAAGACCAGCAAGAAGAUAAUUACGGACCAAGCCGUGGUGCUCGAGAACGCAGCCCAUGGUUUCGUCAAACCUAAUAUUAUGGAUGUGAAGCUCGGCGUGCGAUUGUGGGCUGAUGAUGCGAAGGAGGAGAAGCGCAUCCGCUUUAACAAAGUAACAGCAGAGACUACACACAAGGAUCUUGGAUUUCGAAUAGCUGGAAUGAGAGUCUGGCAUGGUGAAGGCGCAAAGGGUACAGAUAUCGACAAGGAAGGAUUUAAGAUCUACGAUAAGAAUUAUGGAAGGGUCUCAGUACAAACCUCGAAUGUCGAGGAGGCGUUUAGGAAUUUCAUCUUCUCUCCAACUGCGGGUGUAGGCGAGGAGUUGGGCAAGUUAGUAUCACAAGCUUUUUUGGCAGAUGUGAAACGGAUCCAAGCUGUCAUGGAAAGUCAAGAGAGUCGUAUGUUCUCUGCAAGCCUGCUAUUUGUGUUCGAGGGUGAUGGAGUUGCUCUCCGAGCUGCCAUGGAAGAAGCGAGCCGUUCUCCAGCCACACUAGCGAAUGGAGACGGAGAAACCUCCGAUUUUGACGAGGAUGAGGCUUUGGGACCUAAGAUAUAUGCUGUGAAGGUUAUAGAUUUCGCCCAUGCACAAUGGACGCCUGGGCAGGGACCAGAUGAGAAUUCUCUCACUGGCAUCAGAAGUGUGGCUCGCAUCCUUGAGACUAUCGGGAGUGCUUGAGCCUAUCUCGGAGGGCGGGUACGGAUCUAGAAAGGUUCGCUGCCAGUGGACGGAUGGGUGUUGGCAUGGGAUUUUUCUGGAGUUCUGGAUUCGAUGAAUGCUACGGAUUAUGAUUGCUAUCUGUUAGAUACCCAUGGAGUAUUGGGAACAGCAUAGAACGAAAGAUUCCACUCGAUGAUUUGCGUCGUCACUCUCGCUAUCUCAUCCACUCAACUUUCCAAAUAAUUAGGCUCCCCCGGUGAGAGCUCUUGCUCUGACAAGCUGAUUUACACUUCGGCGAGCCCCCUUAUGAUAUACAUUCUGGUCAGAAACCAAGUUUCCCUUCCAAGACAGGCAUUCAGAAACGGACUAGAAAUGCAAUCAGCUCCAGACAAGGACAGUCAACCAGCGGGACAGACAAUGUAGAUAAAAGGUAAACCAAAGUGCAGAACCAGCAAUUCAGCCUCUGCGGCUGGACGAGAUCCAUCGACUGGAAGCCUGAUUUAACAAGCAGUCGCUCCUCUUUCUCUUCAUCGUACCUCCGCCAUGCGGAACCAACCGGUGCCUUUGUUCCAAUUCGUAUACUUCUACUUCUGUUCAUUCUCGUCGCGCCAAAUACAAAUUAUGGGUCGCCUUCGUUAUCAACGGUAUCCUCGGCGAUCGCUGACUACCAGCGUGCGGUCUAUUUUCAUGGUGUAACGUGUGGUGGCGACUUGAGGCAUACUAAAGUUGUAGUAAUCAUGACU